AUGCAAAUCUUUGACAUAGUUGAGAAAAUGGGAAAGCCAAUGAGGAGACUCAAGAGAAAAAUCACUCAUAAGGGAAAUUCCAUAUUGCACAUGGUUGGUAUAAAAGAGGACCCCGAAAUUGCAGCUAUGAGAAGCCCUGCUCUGCUGUUGCAAGAGAAUUUGCUCUUGUUUGAGUUAUGUCUUAGCAUGGUAUAUGACUUAGUAGUUUUACAGUCCCUGCAGCGUGUGAAAAAUGUCUGCUCAGUUGAUUUUUUCGAAAUUAUUAACAAAGAUGGCAAGACGGUAGAAGAGUUAUUCACUAAAGCAAAUGCUACACUUCGUUCAGAAGCAAAAUAUUGGCUUAAACACACUGCGGAAAACUGUACAAUAGUUGCUGUGCUCAUUGCAACAGUGGCUUUUGCAGCAGCCUAUACUAUUCCAGGUGGUCCAAAUCAAAGCACUGGUUAUCCCGUCCUCAUGGACCAUCCAUUCUUUGUGAUUUUCACCAUUGGAGAUGCGGUCGCUUCCUCAGAAGUUAAUUCUGGGAUUUACCCUCUUGAUUCUUUCUGUGUCGAUGAUGAUGUUAGCAUUCGCGUCGACUAUAAUCUUGAUGAUUCACUAUAA